ACUUUGUAUCUUUAAAGUUAUAUUGUAUAUAUCUUUCAACAUUCCUAUGGUCAGUCAAAGACUGUAUGAAUAUUGAAUAGUGUUUUUAUCUACUGACAUGCUUCUACGAAGGAUAAAAUAUGGAAUGAUGAUGGAGUAAAUACAGUUUCUUGUGAAUGCGCUACGCGUUUCAGAAGAAUCCUAUGCAAUGCAGUGGAAUUUAACAGAUAAUACGACAUCUUUAUUGAAUGUGCCGGAAAUACCAAUAUGGGGAUUCUGGGUAAAGCAGAUUGCGACCCCGAUUAUCACUGUAGCUGGACUUAUCGGAAACAGUCUAUCAUUCAUGGUUAUGGGAUGUUCAAAAAGACUGCAAAAGAAAUCGUACAGUCAGCUUCUUUGUACGCUCGCCAUCUUCGACAGUCUAAACUUGGUGAUUAAUCAAGUUGACCUGAUUGACGAAAUGAUUUUCUACAAAUCUGGAAGUAAAACCAGUCUUUAUGGUGACUUUCCAAACAGUAUAUGUAAAUUAUAUAACUUUUUAAAAUAUGUAUUUCUUCUUGUGUCUUCAUGGUUGGUCGUUUGUCUUUCAAUAGAGCGCGUACAUGCCGUAUGUUACCCAUUUAGACGGAAGUUCGUCCAUCGCAGAAAUAGUGUAGCAAUACUCGUAUCUGUAACAACUGUUAUUCUUUCCUUGUCGCAGAUUUUUCGGAUUCUAUUUACGGAAAAUGUGAACGGGAUAUGUACGGCAAUAGAGGAAUAUUUGACCCUUUAUGUUUAUCUCCAUCAGUAUGGCUAUCAUUUGGUUCUCCUUUUUGCUCUUCCCUGUGCCAUCGUCAUUUCCUGUAACUUUGUUGUUAUUCAAGAAAUCUACAUCAUUCGAAAAAACGCGGGAAAUGGCCGCCCGCGAUCUUUAAACAGUACAAGGAAAGCUACCACCAUGCUAUUGUUAAUUGGAUUUGUGUUCAUUAUCACCAUGCUGCCCCAGUUCAUUUGCACCAGCAUCAUCUUAUACUAUACCGAUGAGAGCAGACGUCAUAUUGGACAAUACAUUAUUAUAAAAAUGAGACCCUACAUGGAGUUAUUUGCUGUCAUUAGUUAUACGAACUACUGUAUUAACUUUGUUAUUUAUGUUUUGUGUGGAAGAUCAUUCCGGCGUGAAUUAAGGCGCAUCUUUAAACGAACUCGACGCGGAAGUUUCUUUGGUGGAACACGGACAAGAACUAAAGAGGAGGUGAUAAGGUUAUAAUGAUAUGCACAAUCAGCAGGAUAAAAACAUCUGAUGACAAAUGUACGCUUCUACAGAUAAGCGUGACGAUUUCCCGUUAUAGGAACCAUGUGUUGGGUGUUAAUCACGUUAAUCACCAAUCGGAAUAGGAAGCUGCAUGACCCUACAUAUAAAUAUAUUGUAGAAAUCAAGAGAAGCAUGGGUUAUCCAUAACGACUCGGUUAA